AUGCCAGUCGAAUGUUCGACAUUUGCGAUGAGAGUUUCUGCAAACAGCUUGUCGGCAUGGGUAAGUUUUGCAUAUUUUAUAAAAAAAGCUACUGAUAAUAAAAGACUUUUGAAGUUUCUGAACUUUUAGAGCUUUUAUACUUAAUCUAAACAUUUAUAAUAUUUUCAAUUUUUUUUAAAUUUUAUGUUUUCAGUUUUUGAUCCAAACAUAAAAAUUUGAAUUUUAGAUAUGGCUUGACAUAAUAAAGUACCUCGAUACGAUGGACGACACUGUUUCCUUGGCUAUGGUUAACGUGUACUUUUACAGGAUUGUGGGUAUGGAUUUUAAAAAGAUAUGUUACGAGCAUGUGAUAUUUCGGCAGAAAGGCGAGACUUGGGCUUACGCCUAUAAAAAGUAGGUUUAAAAACAAAAAAAUAGAAAAGAUAAAAGUUAUCUCUAAAGGCAUUUGACAGAACAGGAUUUUUCAUAUAAUUUUCAAAAUGCUUGGUGUUUUUACUGACUUUGCACUCAUAUUGUUUUAGUGCUGGUACUAAUGUGAAUAAGACUAUGUUUGUCAAAUACAGUUUUCAUGAUAAACAUGCUGUUUGUUGUCCAUUCACAGGGAAAAUGGCCAUAAAAUUAGAUCACGGCUAUCUUUUACUGACCAACAUUGACUUUGGUUUAAAAGAGCUUACUAUUCUCGACUUUACUUCAUAUACAGACCAAAUUACUCAUGUUAAUAUGAUAAAUGGGAAAGAGAUUUUAGUUCGUACUCCCUUUUUUACGUUAGUGUUUGACCUGCAUAGUAUGAAGGUAAUCCAAAAACAUGAUAUGACACCGACAUAUAAGUAUGCGCCAUACUACGCUUCUCUUAAUUUUCAAAUUGUAAGAAAAGGCUAUGUUUUCGAUUUGUAUUCCAAAAAAGAGUUUAAAAUUGAUGCACAACCUCCGAAAGGCUGUAUUAAGUAUUGCAACAUGUUUGACAAGUCAAAAUAUGUUGUAGUACACACAACAGACAACCAUCUUGUCAUAAUUGAUAGUGAGACAGAUAAAAGACACGACAUUUGUGAAUGGAGGCAAGGAAUGAAAGUAUAUGUGAUCAGCGAAAACGAUUCUCUGUUUAUUAAAGACCAAUUUUAUAACGGUAAGGUAAAUCAAAUUGUAUUAACCGCACAUAUUGUUCGAGAAAAUGCUUUGUUGAAUAACCAGUACAGUAAGACAUACGGUAGGGAAGAAGAACUGUUUUUUAAAUUUCGUUUCGGAAUUUAAUAAAAGGAACCACGUUUAACUUUUUCAAAAAAAAACUUUUUAACGCACUAAGUUAAAUAAAUAAUAAAAAAUAUUACUAUGAUGUUAUAUAUCUUGUUUUAGACCGCAAGUUGAAAAUACCGGGAGCAAAAUGUGAAAUAUACAGCAUGAAAAGACAAAAAUUUCAGCCUGUUGAACUAGAUGAAGGAUGUUAUUGGGAUACCUUUAAUUAUAGUACACUUUUUAACCGAAAAACACAAAAGGUAAGAGUUGUAAAACAAAUGAAUCCUAACAUCAGGGCUGGGCGACGACUUUUGGCCUGGGGGCGGGGGUCCAAAAAAGGGUCUCCCCCUCCCCCCCCCCAGUGCCCGGCCCUGCCUAACAUGUUUCUAAAUUUCCUUGUUAAAAAGUAAGAUUUUGCAGCUUGUUGCUUACAAAAAAUAAUUUUUAAUUUAUUUAGUUUUUGGUCUACAACAAACACAACUAUGAAUGGAUACGAGUACAAGCUAAACCCGAGCUUCUAAUAGUCCAUAGGUGGCUUGAAUCCGGUCUCUUUUUGAAUCCAUUAUCUCCCUUCAAUAUCGUACUUUGUAAAUAUGGAAAUACAGACACUCUUGCCAGACAUUUUUUCAUUCAGUUUAAAAAAAGUAAGUUCUGCAAGGAUUAAAAGCAGGACAAUUCGUAGUCAAAGUAUCUUAUCUCUUAGCUAAAGAAAGGAAAGGCCUAGCUAUAGCAAGGCCGGAAAUUUUCAAAGCAAUUCUAAUCCCACCUAAAGCAUGACAAUUUGUAAUCAAAAAAGAAAAUUGUCCGCCUAAUGAUAAGCUUAUCAUUAUCUGAACACAUUUCAGAUGAUGUUUGUAUGAAACAUUUUAAAGCCAUAUUAAACUAUUGGGAUAUGACGCGUGGAAUAAAUGAUUUCAAAGUUCAAAACAAGCAUCAAAUCGAGAAAUUAAUGAAUAUGAAGUUUCCUGUGCCAAAAGAAUCUUCGGCUGACUUUUACGAUUGGUUUGUUCAACUACACGUUGCCAAUGACAAUGUCCCUUUAAUCGACGCCAAAACUAGUGCCACAAAAUAUUUUAAUUUUUACUCAUUAAAGCCUAAUGAAAAAUAG